AUGUCGGUUUCGGCCGCCUCCGCCCUCCAGACGAUAUUUCGUCAUCGUCGUGCUGGCAAUCCUCGUUCCGCCUCCACCGUGAAAGGCGAUCCCUUUAAAUUUGAAGCAAUUCACGGCUCAUUCCAUCACCACCGUACCUUCGGUGCCAGCUAUGCGUCGAAGAAGCGUAUUUGGGCUUCUGUUUCUUUUCGGAAUAAUCGACGUGCUUUUGUGGCUUGUCUCGACAGUAUCGAAAAGGAACAUGAUGUACGUUCAGGAGCGAAAUGUCUCGUCAAGGCGUUCGACAAGAAAUUGGUAACGUCAUACCCAUAUGCACUUCAUCGUUCCUACUACGAUUUUGUUGGCGAGGAUCUGAAACGUCCCAGAAAUGUUAAGAAGAGAAAACUCAUCCGAAAGAAAGAAACGAUUGAGGAGGCAAAGAGAAUAGAUCGCAUGGAUAUGCCAUAUCAACCCCGAAACAUGAAGUCAUUACCAUCUUUAAUAACACAGGAAAGGACACCGGCGAAAGUUAUAACUGACUUCCUCGGUUCAAUCUGGAGAGCUGUCAAGAAUCAAACGAACGGAGUUAAAUUACACAGCUCAUAUAUGAAGCUACAACAGUUGCAAAACAAAGUAACGGAAAUGAAACGUGAAGGACAAUUCAAACAACGGAUGCUGGAUAUGGUUGUUGGCAAGAAUAAUCCGUUAAGAAAGAAGAAAAGCUUUACCGAAAGGCAGCUCUUUUUGGGAAAGAAGUUGAGUGGCAACCGUACCGCAUUCCUAGCUGCUCUGUCUUCUCUUCGUAGGAUCCUCUUAAAGCCAACAAGAUUCCGUGAUCUGAUGCCUGAGAAAGCGGUUGACGAAAGUGUAUAUGGCUUGGUGGAUGCUGUAUCUAGACAUACCAACGAUGUCAAUUCGCAGUUUCUAUCUCCACGAAUUCUACCAUUGCUACCUGACAAAUAUAGCAAAUCAAAGAAAUUACUGUCACCAGAUCUGUUUCCUUUCUAUAAGGAUGACACUGGGAACAGUGUUCUUCCGAUACCGGAAGUCCUCGAAAAAUCCGGGUUAAAUCCUAAGGAUCGCGACUCCAUUUUGGAGUUGGUAAUGGAUGUCGCAGGUGUGAACAGUGUUGUCGAGAAGUCAAUGGAUCUUCUCAGAAACGUGGGAAGAAGUGGAUUAGGCGGUGAACUUACAAAAAUUACGUCUGCAAUCGAUAGUGUUUUUGAGGAGAUCAGGAACAGUUUGGUUGUCGAGCAGCGAAAGGACUUGGCUGGUCGCCAGUUUGCCUUCCUGAAUAAAGAACAACUGACGAAGUUGUACGGAAAAGAAGGAAUCCUGAACACUACUCUGGCUAAGCUUCCGUUUGACAUCGACGAGUAUGCAGCGAUGAAUCGCGCCGAGCGAGAAGAAUCCCUACGAAACACCAUUCGACUACUGGCGUCAGAUCCGAAGCGUUUACAUCGGCGCUACAAGCGAACAAUAACAAUUCAGUUCUUUCGACACACUACGUUGGCGCCGUUCGCUUUUGCGCCCACUAUUUUAACGCUGAAUGUGCUCGGACCUGUUACUCUGUCUCCAAGUUUGUUCUCGCCAAGUAUCGUCUCACCGCUGCUUCUUAGUCCUCCAGUGAUCUCUCCUCAGGUGGGGAAUCCUUUAAUUUUAUCCCCUUACGUGUUGGGCCCAAAUGUGUUGUCGGCCGCUGUGUUCAACGCUUACGUACUUUCUCCGUACGUGCUCUCACCGAACGUGAUCAAUCCGUACGUGUUGUCGCCGCUAAUUUUGUCACCAUUCGUUCUAUGCCCGGAUGUUGUCUCACCCACAGUACUGUCGGGAGUCGUACUGUCACCGUCAGUGCUGUCUCCGUCGAUAUUUACAGAAUCAGCGUUGUCGUUGAACAUAUUAUCACCUACUUUUUUGUCUUGA